AUGUCUACCACCACCACCCUCUAUCACAGCGGCCCCGCCAGCACCCAAGAUGCACCGACUUCCACUCCCACCCCGGCUCCCACCGCCCCGCCCAUCCCCCCUCCCGACAUCAUCUCAUUCUUCGACCCCGCCUCAGCAGGCGGUGGCGGUCCCCUCGUCCGCAUCGCCACCCAACAUUCUGCCCGCUCACUGGCUCGAGAACGGAGCAGGAGUGGCAGUACAGCCGUCCGACCCACUCUAGUACCCCUGACGCGGUGCACCACGACAUCAGGAAGACGUGGCAGCAGCAACACCAACGGCAAUGGCCGCCCCGAGGCGAUUGCUGGCAGUCCUACAGACGAAAAGUUUACCGCCGUGUUCAUAGAAGACGAUAUCCUCAAUGCGGGGCCGAAGGAUACGGGCUCCCCGGCCAUUCACGAGCGGGUCAUGGUGCAGAAGACGCAUUCAGGUCCCUCCCACGACGGCGAGAAGGGUACCCUCGUCCUCGACGUGACUGCGUCGACACCGGCCAAGGCGGAAGCCGGGCAGGCUGAGGUCGAUGAGGUGGAUAUUAACAUUGAAGCACAUGUGUAUCCGGACGGCGGGUACGGCUGGGUGGUGGUUGCCUGCUGCACGACACUGUGCGCCUUGACAAACGGGUGGGGUAUGAACUAUGGCGUGUUCCAGCAGUACUAUGCCGAGUACACCUUCCCCACCGCCGACACGUCGGUUCUCAGCCUAGCAGGAACCUGCCAAGGAUUUUUCCUCGGUGCCACGUCCUUCAUCUCUGGCCGCAUGGGCGACCGUUUCGGUUUCAAGCGCGUCAUGAUCAUUGGCGCCAUCGUCAGCUGGCUGGGCCUGUUCUGCUGCUCGUUCAGCAAGGCUCUGUGGAGCACCAUCCUGUGCCAAGGUGUCAUUACCGGUAUUGGCCAGGGCAUUGCUUUCCCCUUGUUUAUGAGUCUCCCAAGUCAGUGGUUUUACAAGAAACGCGGACUGGCGAGCGGCAUUGCCAUGGGCGGUGCUGGAUUGGGUGGUGGUGUGAGCACUUUAGUCGUGAGGAAGCUCUUGACAGCGGUUGGCGCGAGCAAGACCUUGCUCAUCAUGUCAUUCGUCAACCUCGCAGGCAUGCUCGUCUCCAUCGCUCUCAUCCGGACCCGCCCCACUUCCCCGGAAGCCAGCCACGGCCGCGGUUCACUGAUCAACGUGGCGGCCUUCAAGCACAGCGAAUUCUGGUCCAUUGCAAUGUCCUUGGUCGUCGGAAUUCUCGGAUACGGUGUUCCCUUUACGUUUUUGACCCAAUGGGUGGCCCUGCACUUCCCCGACGCAAGCACCAUGGGCAUGACUGCCCCACUUACCAUCUUGUCCUUUAGCGUCAUUGUUGGCCGUGGGCUUGUGGGCUUGGCCGCCGAUAAAGUCGGUGCGCUCAACACGUACAUUUGCGUGCUUGUGCUCUCCGGCGUCAUCCAGCUGUCGCUUUGGCUUACGGCCAAAUCGUACGCGUCCGUCUGCGUCUUUGGCGUCAUGUAUGGCCUCGUGGCUCCGGGAUACCUGGGCAUCCUGCCACAAAUCGUCGUGACGCUCUUCGGCCCUGCGGAACUGGCGUCCAACGUCGGCCUGCUGCUCCUCUUCAACUCGCCAGGAAACCUCGUCGCGGGACCCAUGGGCGGCGCAAUCUACGAUGCUACGGGAAGGACUACGUUCAAGUACAUGAUCAUCACUAUGGGGGCGCUCCAGAUCGUUGGCGGGCUCAUUGCCUGCUGGGCUCGCUUCCGGACCAGUCCGUCAUUGCUCGCGCGUGUCUAG